GGCAUAUUUGAUAAUUUAGACAUACAUUUUAAAUGAUUUUCUUCUGUAGCUUAACAAGCGGGAGAUUCGAAGGUAGAGUUAUUGAGCUUCUAGGCCAGUAAAUGCGCGAGUUUAAUAUCAAAUGCAACGGAGGCUGAAUGACAUAAAUGGUGUUUUGCGUGGGAUCGGGGUGGUAGUAAAUGCCACAUUGAAGGAGCAAACUCUCAAAGCUUCAUGGGCGUGGUCAAAAUCUGACUACCGCGACAUUCUGACUACUGUAUCAAAGUCUCUUUGCAGUAAAAUAAGUGAUCAGAAUCUAUCUCAAACUGCCAGUUAUAUAGCUGGAAGAAUAUGGCUUCUUAAUCAACAGAAUUUUAUUAUUGCUAAGUCACUCAUUUUGCCAAAACUCGCAGAGAGCUUUGGGUUCGUACCUGCAAGUAACGUUGGUGAUAAAGAGGGCACCUCUAACUCGGGUACUGACAUCAAAACCGCUAAUGAUGCAAAAACGUCACAGCUUAAAAGUCAGAAAAAUACGGCUGAAUCGAAUAAAAGAAAACCACUUCUUCUUCAGGACUACCCGAUUCCUUCUCCGCCAACCCUUGAUCAAAAAGCGUUCUCCAAAGAAAGACGCGUGCCUUCAUCACGUAUAGGACGAGUAGCUGGUUUUGGAAAUUUGGCAUUGAGUCUUGGUGUUGGAGCAGCUACUGAGUGGGCUAAACAGAAAGUUGGAUAUCCUGUUUCUGGUGAUUCAGCUCCGCCGCCAAAUGUGUUUUUGGCUGAGGCUAAUCUUGAAAAGAUCGUAGACACGUUGUGUCGUAUGCGCGGAGCUGCUCUUAAGCUUGGACAAAUGUUAAGUAUCCAAGAUGAAAGCUUUGUUAGCCCCCAGGUCCAAAAGAUAUUUGAACGUGUAAGACAGGCAGCAGAUUUCAUGCCAGCUAAACAAAUGAGAAAAGUCCUAACAUCAGAACUAGGUGAAAAUUGGACUGAACAUGUCAGUGACUUUGAAGAGAAGCCGUUUGCUGCAGCAAGUAUCGGUCAGGUUCACAGGGCAACACUUAAAGAUGGAAGAAUUGUAGCAAUCAAAAUACAAUAUCCAGGUAUAGCUGAUAGCAUCGAUGCAGAUAUCAAUAAUUUGACAUCACUUUUAAAUCGUUUUAAUAUCUUCCCACGUGGUUUAUUCGCUGACAAAGCAAUUGAAGUAGCUAGAAAAGAAUUAAGAGCGGAGUGUGAUUAUCUGCUUGAAGCGGUUUAUGGUAAACGUUUCGCUCAGUUAUUAGAGGGUGAUCCUGUUUUUCAAGUUCCACAAGUAAUUGAUGAACUAACAACUAGUCGUGUAUUAACCACAGAAUAUAUGAAUGGAUUAGUGUUAGAUGAUUGUAUUAGUCUUCCGCAAGAUGUGAGAAAUUGGGUAAGUAUGUUGUCUCAUAAAUCCUUAUUUUCCACUGUGUAUAGUAAUUGUUAUUAG